CGUAUAGGUGUGUCAACAGUUUACUAAAUUGAAACUAUUUUUGCCUGAUCUUUCAAAGCUCAGAACAGAAUCGCUGGCUCAUUUCACAUGAUGGAUGGCGGUGCGGCAGCCGUGCGCCGUCCGCGGAAGCAGCGUGUCGCGGUAAGGUGAGAAGGAAGUGCCCCAGUCGGUCACCAACGGGCUGUUUUUGUUUGUGCAUGUUAGCGCUCAACCUGGAGAAGUCGCACACUGGAGCAUCCUGCGGACUAGUCGGGUCACGACCAGAAAGGAGGAGAGUGACGUCCUUCCCGUAAUGCGAAACCGCCCAAAGCAAAAGUAUCGCCAGUCUUUCGCUUUUGAACUGCCACUGUCACUGGAUGUUGACCUGGAGCCAUCUUUCAUUAUGCCGAAGUGACAAGAUGGCAGUCGCAUCUGUAUUUGUGGUUGCUUUCAAGGCGGGGACGGUCGAGGGGAUCUAUCCUGAAAUAAGCUGAUGCCUGACCUCGGGGCUGUCAUGGCCUCUGCGGACGUGGCCAGUAACCUGUCUUCUAUCCUCGACGAACCGCCGUGCGUCAACGGGACACCCUGGAUCCGUUACCUUUUUGAGGAAUGUGCCGAGAGCGCUUGGGAAUACUGCAGCGUGGUCAUCGGCCUCAUCUCCAUGUGCUGCUUCCUGCUGUCCACUCUGCCGCAGGUGUACGAAGCCUAUAGAAAUGGCAAGGUGGAGGAGGCCAUCUCUCUGGGCUUCUUACUCUUCAUCCUUAGUGGAGACAUCAGUAAUUUUGUGGGCUGCUACCUCACCAGACAGCUGCCCGUUCAGACUGUGACUGCAGUUUUCUAUAUAUUCACGGACAUCAUACUGAUCUCCCAGUUUGUGUAUUACAAGAUAAAGAACAAGAGGAAUCAUGGCAAGCGAAAAUCACACUUGAAGUGGAUGUGUUUCAUGUGGUGUGGGGGUGCCUUCGUCUUGUGCGUCAUGCUUCCCAAAAUCCUGGAUGAAAGCGGCUUAGGAUCUGAUGCAGGGAAGACCUCACACAGCUUGGAAAUGUCCGGCUAUGCCUGUGGCUACCUGUCAUCCGUAUUCUACCUCUCCUCCCGUAUUCCACAGAUCCACAAAAACUACAAGCGGCAGUCAACGGAGGGGGCCUCCUACCUGCUGUUCGCUUUGGCCAUGAUGGGGAACUGUACCUACGGGCUGAGCCUGAUCGUGGUCCUGCCGGCCUUGAAGGGAUCCAAGAGCACCUUCAUCCUGAACCACCUGGCCUGGCUCAUCGGCAGCCUUGGCGUCCUCAUCCUCGACCUUCUCAUUUCUAUUCAGUUUUUGUUAUACAGAAAAAAGGGCCCCGGUUAUUCCAGCCAGCUGGUGCUGAAGAACUUUCCGGAAGUGGAACCCCUGCUUUCUGAGAACGAGGAGCUGUGAGGCUGGCAGACCACAGGCAGACCCCAGAACGUCUUAUAAGCUUUCCGUGGAUCCUACUUCUCUGUACUUGAUAUAGAACAAAAAAUUAUUAAUUUAACCGUUGCAUAAAUUCGUUGGAAUUAGCAGAUUUUUUUCUCCUAAUAUGAAUGCUGACUGCCUAAUGUAGGGUGGUCAGCAAUAAUGAUUUAUGAAUAUGCGCUUAUUUAGUUCUCAGUGCCUUCGGUUGUUUUUUUUUUUUUUAUUUAUAUACAAAGCUGUGUUUUAUCAAGCCGUCAGUCUGUGUUAGGCAGGUGCCCGCCUCUCCCACAGAAAGCUAAGAGCUCUCUCAGCUUACACUGACAGUGUGGCAUCAUUGGCAGAGUCUCCUGUGUUGGUAGGAAUGUGAAAAUGCCUGUUUUUUGUUAGCUGAGCUAUGUUUAGAUCAUGUGCUCGGUAUGACAGGCUGUCUCAACGUCAGGGUGCUGUGAGCUGCGGGGGGUGGGUGGGUCUUUAGGCCGGAUGAGGGUUCCUCUCUGCUUACGGCGCACGCAAAGGCAGGGCUCAGCUGCCUCCCUUCCCAAUGAAGGAGCCCUGUGAUGAGGCAGCGUGGUCUGUGUACUUGGUUCUUAUAUACACUGUGUCUGUCUAGGUAGCUCGGUGUGUUUAUGCAUAAAGCCGUAGAGUCUGGUGUGUUGUUCAACUUCCUCAGUCUUCUGCUGUUGUCACCUCUCCAUGGUUUUGAGGUCCGAGAAACUCAUCUUUGACAUUGGCCAUCGUCUCGGACCGUAACUCUCAGGUCAAAGAUUUCAGGGCUCGGAAUGCAAUUUUACACACUCCUGUUUCUUACUUAAACUGUAAAACUGGUGCGUAAAAGCGCGUCACACCAGUGUGUUGAUGUUAUUGAAUGUUUUUGCAUUAACUGCUAUACUUUCAUCUUAAUUCAUGAUUAGCAUAUAGGCAGCUUUCCUCUGGAACUUUCUGUCCUCUGUUUAUGUCUUAAGGCUUACGGUGGCAUGCGGAUUCAAUCACCACUCAUCUUGUCACUGGUCUUCCUCUCUAACAUUGUAUCAAGCUUUAUGGUUUUCCUUCUUAACACAUUGUGUUUUACAAUUUUCCCCAAAAAAGAUAAGCUUCAGUCUUCAGGCUAGCACCAGAGUUCAAAGACAUCUGUAUGCUCCCUCUCCUGCAUCAUCAUCAUCAUCAUCAUCAUCGUCUUUGUCAUCCACAAAGAGCCCUGGAAUAUACCAUUGUCUGAACAAUUAUGAUCUUUGUUCUUUAUUAGAGGAUGUUAAUUUGUAAUAAAACUGGAUAGGAUACAACAAUACACAGACAGAAUACAUUGAUCUUAAAGAAGCUGAUAUGUCCUGAUCCUGCUCCCCGUGAAGCAUGUUAAAGGCAAAGACAAUGUUUGUGCAGAAGGACUUGUCUCCGUUGCUGAAUCCUCCUGGUUCGCUGGAUAACCCAUUUUUUCUUGGAUUGGUUUAGUCGAAUUGAUCUACGUAUAAUAUUUUGAACAUUAAUGUUAUUCUGCUAAAACUAAAACGUGAGAUCACUAUUUUUAUUGUAGGAAAUUUCAAUUUGUCUGCACAUUCACUGAAUGGUGAUACUGUGAUGCUUCUUUUAAACCCCUUCCUGCUGGAACGGUCAGCUCUAUUGUACUCCACACUUUUGCUGAAAUAAGUUUAUUUUUGGUGUUUAAAUAAAGUGCAAUAUUGAGAGAA